CUCCAGCUAGUACAAACUAUAAAGAUCUGAAGUUGUAGAUGAGUGGUAAGAUUAUGAGGAUGUCUAUUUAGUCUCACUUUUGAGUUUCUUUUGUGUACUCAAGAUAUGGCUUUUCCAAUCUUGCUCUUGUGUUUGGUCUCCACCAUUGUGUUUUUUGCAUCCAUACUGUGGAGAAAACAAAACAAGACGCUUCUUCCACCAGGUCCCAUAGCCCUUCCCAUCAUUGGCCACCUCCACCUUCUCUCCCCAACACCACACCAAGAUUUUCACAAGCUCUCAAUCCGCUACGGACCCAUCAUACACCUUUUCCUUGGCUCAGUCCCUUGUGUCGUAGCUUCCACCGCAGAAGCCGCCAAAGAGUUCCUCAAAACUCACGAAACCUCCUUCUCCAACCGCCCCGCUAAAACCGUCGCCGUUGAGGCCUUAACCUACGGUUUCCAAGACUUCUUGUUCGCACCCUACGGACCCUAUUGGAAGUUCCUGAAGAAACUCUGCAUGUCUGAACUUCUCGGUGGCCACAUGCUGGACAUGUUCCUUCCCGUGAGGAUGCAAGAGACUCGGAGAUUCAUCAAACGCGUGCUCCACAAAGCUGGUGAAGCUGUGGAUUUCGGAGGAGAGUUCAUGACGCUUUCGAAUAACAUCGUGUCGAGAAUGAGCGUGAGCCAGACGAGUUCCGAGAACGAGGACGAAGACGAAGAGAUGAGGAAGCUAGUGGCGGAUACCGCAGAGCUCGUGGGGAAGUUCAACAUAUCGGACUUCAUUUGGUUCUUGAAGAGCUUUGAUUUGCAGGGAUUCAACACGAGGUUGAAGGAAAUUCACGACAGGUUCGACGCCGUGAUGGACAGAAUCAUAAAGGAGCGUGAAGAGGAAAGAAGGAAGAACAAGGAAACGGGUGGAACACGUCGGUUUAAGGAUAUGCUUGAUGUUUUGUUGGACAUAUUCGAAGAUGAGAAUUCUGAAAUGAAAUUGGACAAAGACAACAUUAAAGCCUUCAUCAUGGACAUACUUGUUGCUGGGACUGACACGUCAGCUGUAACCAUGGAAUGGGGUAUGGCAGAGUUAAUAAACAAUCCACGUGUGUUGGAGAAGGCAAGACACGAGAUAGAUUCAGUGAUUGGGAAAAGUAGAAUAGUAGAAGAAUCUGAUAUUGUGAAUCUUCCUUACUUGCAAGCCAUUGUUAAAGAAACAUUGAGGAUUCACCCAGCUGGUCCAUUGAUUUUUAGAGAGUCAUCAAGAAGUGAUGUAGUUUGUGGGUAUAAUAUUCCAGCGAAGACUCGACUAUUUAUCAAUGUUUGGGCUAUUGGUAGGGACCCCAUACACUGGGAAAGCCCACUUGAAUUCAGGCCAGAGAGGUUUAUUGAAAAUGGGCCGAGUCAGAGUCAAUUGGAUGUUAGGGGACAACAUUAUCAUCUAAUUCCGUUCGGGAGUGGAACAAGAGUGUGUCCUGGCACUUCUCUAGCGUUGCAGGUUGUGCAUGUCAAUCUUGCUGUUAUGAUUCAGUGUUUCCAAUGGAAGGUUUAUGGCAAUGGCACAGUGGACAUGGAAGAGAAAUCUGGAAUCACUCUUCCGAGGGCUCACCCCAUAGUUUGUGUCCCUUCUCCCAGGCUUAACCCGUUUCCUUCUAUGUGAUCGAUCAACCAUAAGAUGUCACCUAAAGAUUUAUGGCGAGUAUGUUUAGAUACAAAAUAUAAAUAAAUAAAAGUACUUUUUUUUUU